AUGUCGGAAGAACGCUCGAAGAUUUCGCUAAGAAGCGGGGGGAAAAGGAAGAACCGUCCGCUUAAAAUCUCCGGUCCCAUCCUCCAGGAUGACGGAAGCGGACGCGGCCCCCCAGGUCCGUCUAUUGCUGAUCAGGCCCCAAUUCCUCGGCCUCGUCCUCCUCCUCAGGCUAGCGCAAAGACGUCAGAUCUAGUGAAACGCCGGUACUCGACUCGUUUCAAUGCUGAUUUUGAUCCCUCUGCCACUGCGCCUCCCCCCGUGCCAUCACUUCCGAGCAUUGAGAGAUAUGCGCAAGCCCAGAACCAGGACCGUCGCGCGCCCCCAUCGAGAGAUGGGGGAGAAGCCGGGGCUGCAGGUGCAGGCGGAAGCGGACCAGGCAUUCCGGUGGACAUCAAAGCUCUCCGAGACCCGUCGCUCGCUGCCGACCAGUACGUUGCCAACAUACUCAGCGAUGCUACCGAGGACGAAAUCCGCGACUAUGAGGCUGCUCUGCGGAACCUCAAGAGCCGAGCAUCUGCCGACCUCCAGCAGAGCGUGUACCAGAACCGUACACAGUUUAUCAAGAUCAGCAAGGAAGCAGAGAAGUUGAAGAAUGAAAUGCGGACGCUUCGGAACCUGAUGGCCGAGCUCAAGGCCAACACUACCGCUCUCCGGUCGGCUUCCAACAGUGUUGGAGGACAUGGCUUCGAUGGUGACAUUCCCAUGGGAUUGAGCAAAAGGGAGAAGCGAAGCUCGGUUGCUGAUCGAACUGCUCUCUGGAGCGCCCAAAUGCAGGCGCUGUACAAGACCGUUGAGGGCUCACAAAAAUUUCUUCCUAACUCUCCGGGCCGGCAUGUCGUCCAAAAUGCUGGUCUGUGGGUAGAGCUGGACAAUGCUACCUAUCGGUCGAGGCGAGCAAUGCAGAUCUUCUUGCUCAAUGACCAUAUCUUGAUCGCUUCACGGAAGAAGAGGAAAGUGGACGCCCCGAACGAUUCACGUGCGCCGAUGACAAAGCUGGUUGCUGAUCGUUGCUGGCAUCUUCUGGACGUGGAAAUUGUUGAUAUGGCUGGGCCGAGCGAUUCCUCUAGUGGUAGGAACAAGCUUGCUGAUGCCAUCAUGAUCCGCGGCGGCGGCAACGAAUCGUUCAUAUACCGAACUGAAAAGCCAGGGGACCCUGAAAAGGCGUCACUGCUGCUCAACAUUCGCAAGCAGGUCGAGGAGCUGCGGAGAACUCUCCAGUCAGAACGGGAGGCGACUAACAAGGCAAAGGAAACUAUCAAUUACUUUGCCUCGCGCGACCCCGGCCUGCUGCAAAAAACGGAGCUUCUUGAGACCUUAUCUGAUAUCAAGGACAUGCUUAUCGAGGUGGACGGCAAACAACAAAACUUGCGCUGGGUAGAGAGCCAGAUGGAUGAGCUUGAUAUCAACAUUGCGCUCCAACAGAUUGAACCGGCAGUUGCCCGGAUCGAGAAACUCAGGAACCUUGCACAGGGGCUGAAGCACAACGUAAUUGCGCAAGACUUCAUCUCGUUCAAGGUUGACGAGAGACGGAUGAAGCUGGCGGCAUUGCUGAUCCGUGAGCUUGUUACUACCCACAAUCAGAAGGUCAAGACAAAGGCCAACGUUUCAUGGUUGACCCGACUGGGCUUUGAGGACCGGGCUCGUGAGGCCUAUCUGGAGGCCCGCAGCGAAAUCAUUCAGAAGCGGUCCAGACAAUGCAUCUUCCAGGGAAGCCUGGAACAGUACAUCUGGGAGAUCGCGUUUGUUUACUUCACCCUUAUCCGCAACACGGUCAGCUGCUUCCAGGCGUGCUUUCCAGCGCCUAUGAUGAGCGCCUGCGUCAAGUGGGCUAAGGAAGAAGUAGAUGCCUUCAACUCGAUCCUCUCCCGGCAGCUCAGCGGCGAGGAGGAGGGCAGUGAGAUAUGGACUCGAUGCUUGGACGCUGCGUUAGAGCAUGCCGGCACGUUGUUCGACGUUGGUUUGGAUUUCACGAGUCUCGUCGGACAGAACCUCCGUACCGGCACGGGUAUAGUUGCAGCGUCUGACGGGCAGACUAAUGCCCCCGUAGGCUUGGGACUGUCUUGA